GCCAGACUUCAGCCUGAGAGCUGUGAUUUCACUGCUGCUCCCAUCUGUCACCAGGAUCCGGGCAGGAAGAUUCUUUCUCUUCUGUUCUCUAAGGUUCAGUGACAAAGCUUGCGUGCGGCGCCACCAUGCGGCAGAAUGUGGUAUCGCUCUUUUUGUGCUACCUGCUACUCUUCACCUGCGGGGUGGAGGCAGGCAAAAGAAGACGCUCCGAGAGCUCAGAGGAGAGCGGCUCCGGGUGGUUGAGCACGCUGACCUACAUGGCGGUCGGAGGAGGGCUCAUGGCCGUGGGGCUGCCCGCCCUGGGCUUCACGAGCGCCGGCAUCGCCGCCAACUCGAUGGCCGCCUCGCUGAUGAGCUGGUCGGCCGUGGCGAACGGGGGCGGCGUGCCCGCCGGGGGCCUGGUGGCCACGCUGCAGAGCCUCGGGGCUACCGGUGGCAGCGGCCUCAUGGCCAAGGUUGGUGCCUUUCUGGGCUACACUGUCCACAGGCAACUCAGCAACCAGGAGGAGGAGGAGGAGGAGGAGUAACCAGAAGCUCCCAGGAACUCCCUCCUUCCUCCUUGCCCUCCUUCUUCCAGUUGAAGUCUAGAGCUUUCUGUGUUAUACUUGUCAAUGACCUAGGUCAAAACACAGAAUAAACUUCUCUCAGAAAACA